GCUCGGUGGGGCUAAACCAGUCCAUCCACCCAGCGGCUACCAAGCGGCCAAAAAAACCCUCCUCACACGGCCGGAAGGAGGAAAAGAAAGAAGGGGGACGGAGGUAGUUUAACGGCUGCUUCAUGGCGAGGAGGCGCGUCUGCUAGCAGGGGCAGAGCCGGGACCUAGAGGUGGAGGUAGCCGGAGGAUAACACACCGGAGAGAGAGAGAGGGAGACACUGCAGUCGGAGACCUGCAGGCCCCACACCUGGGCACUAAAGAAGGCACCCCGAGGUGCUAGGAAGACAGCACCAUGGCAGGGGCCUCUGUGAAGGUGGCGGUGCGAGUCCGCCCCUUCAAUUCAAGAGAGAUUGGGAAAGAAAGCAAAUGUAUCAUUCAGAUGUCUGGAAACACCACCACCAUCAUCAACCCCAAGCAGGCCAAAGACAACAAGAGCUUCAACUUUGAUUACUCCUACUGGUCCCACACUUCGCCCGAGGAUGUCAAUUACGCCUCUCAGAUGCGAGUGUACAAAGACAUUGGAGAGGAGAUGUUGCUACAUGCCUUUGAAGGCUACAACGUCUGCAUCUUUGCUUAUGGUCAGACAGGCGCUGGCAAGUCCUACACCAUGAUGGGGAAACAGGAUGUCAAGGAUCAACAAGGAAUCAUCCCCUUGCUCUGUGAAGAUCUUUUCACUAAGAUCAAUGAUAACACAGACAACAGCAUGUCUUACUCUGUAGAGGUAAGCUACAUGGAAAUCUACUGUGAACGUGUUCGGGACUUGCUGAACCCCAAAAACAAAGGGAACCUGCGAGUGCGAGAACAUCCUCUGAUGGGGCCUUACGUGGAGGACCUGUCCAAGCUGGCUGUCACCUCCUACAACGACAUCCAGGACCUGAUGGACUCUGGCAACAAGGCCAGGACUGUGGCUGCCACCAACAUGAACGAGACCAGCAGUCGCUCGCACGCUGUCUUUAACAUCAUAUUCACUCAAAAACGUCACGAUGCAGAGACAGACAACACGUCUGAGAAGGUCAGCAAAAUAAGUCUGGUGGAUUUGGCUGGCAGUGAGAGAGCAGAUUCUACUGGAGCCAAAGGGACCAGGCUGAAGGAAGGAGCAAACAUCAACAAAUCUCUAACCACGCUAGGGAAAGUCAUCUCUGCUUUGGCAGAAGUGGACUCUGGGCCAAAUAAGAAUAAAAAGAAGAAGAAAGUGGAAAGCUUCAUUCCUUACAGAGAUUCAGUUUUGACUUGGCUCCUGAGAGAAAACUUGGGGGGAAACUCUCGGACUGCCAUGGUUGCUGCCCUGAGUCCAGCUGACAUCAACUACGACGAGACGCUCAGCACACUCAGGUAUGCUGACCGUGCCAAACAGAUUCGCUGUAACGCUGUCAUUAAUGAGGAUCCCAACAACCGAUUGGUGCGUGAGCUGAAAGAGGAGGUGUCUCGUCUGAAAGAUCUCCUCUACGCCCAGGGCCUGGGCGACAUCAUUGAGACCUCCCAUUCCCCUGGCAGGCCUCCUUUGACCAAUGCCAUGACUGGGAUGAGUCCCUCUCCGUCUCUCUCAGCCUUGUCCAGCCGUGCCGGAUCUAUUGCCAGUCUGCACGACCGCAUCAUGUUCAGCCCGGGCAGCGAGGAGGCUAUCGAGAGGCUGAAGGAAACAGAGAAAAUCAUUGCUGAACUCAAUGAGACUUGGGAAGAGAAACUUCGCAGAACGGAAGCUAUUAGGAUGGAAAGAGAGGCCUUGUUGGCAGAAAUGGGUGUAGCGAUGCGAGAAGAUGGCGGCACAGUUGGUGUGUUCUCUCCUAAGAAGACGCCUCAUUUGGUGAACCUCAAUGAAGAUCCUCUGAUGUCUGAGUGCCUGCUAUACUACAUCAAAGAUGGAAUCACCAGGGUUGGUCGUUUGGAUGCAAGCAGUCGUCAGGAUAUAGUCCUCAGUGGCCACUUCAUAAAGGAUGAGCACUGCACCUUUACCAGCUCUACUGGUCCAACAGGAGAAACAGCAGUCGUCCUCGAGCCCUGUGAAGGAGCUGAGACUUACGUAAAUGGAAAGUUAGUGGCAGAACCCACUGUUCUCAAAUCAGGAAAUCGAAUAAUCCUGGGAAAGAGCCACGUGUUCCGGUUCAACCACCCUGUUCAAGCCAGAGCUGAGAGGGAGAGGACCCCCUGUGCUGAGACCCCUGCUGAGCCUGUGGACUGGGCUUUCGCUCAGAGGGAGCUACUGGAGAAACAGGGCAUUGACAUGAAGCAGGAAAUGGAGCAGAGGCUGCAAGAGUUGGAGGAUCAGUAUCGUAAAGAAAGAGAGGAGGCCAACAAUCUUCUGGAGCAACAACGACUGGAUUAUGAGAGCAAGCUAGAGGCUCUUCAGAAACAAGUGGACCGUUAUUACCCAGAAGUGGCUGAAGAAGAGGAGGAGCCAGAAGAGGAAGUACAGUGGACAGAGAGGGAACGUGAGCUCGCUGUGUGGAGCUUCCGUAAGUGGAGGUGCUACCAGUUCACGUCACUCCGUGACCUUUUAUGGGGAAACGCCAUUUUCCUUAAGGAGGCUAACGCCAUCAGCGUUGAACUCAAGAAGAAGGUCCAGUUCCAGUUUGUGUUGCUGACAGACACCCUCUACUCCCCCCUGCCUCCUGAUCUGCUGCCACCUGAGGCAACUAAAGACAGAGAGAAACGACAUUUUCCACGCACCAUCGUGGCUGUAGAGGUGCAAGAUCAGAAGAAUGGAGCCACUCACUAUUGGACAUUAGAAAAACUAAGGCAGAGGCUUGAUCUCAUGCGAGAGAUGUACGAUCGGGCUGCUGAUGUUCCAAACAAUACCACUGAGGACUGUGAAAAUGUGAUGACAGGAGGCGACCCCUUUUAUGAUCGCUUCCCCUGGUUCCGCCUCGUUGGCAGUUCCCAUGUCUCUGGCUGCACCAGAAACCCCAUUUUCAACACAUGCAUGAGCGAGCGCAUGAGUGACCCUACCCCGUCCCCAACCCUCUCCAACUCUGAAAUUACUGAGCUGGCUGACUCGCAGCGGGAGGGUCGAGGGGAGGAGGAGGAGUUGGAGGAGUUGGAGGACCUGGACGAUGAUAUCUUUUUGGACGACCCGUGCUGCGAAGGCCAGGAUCCCUUUUACGACCGCUCACCAUUAUUCAGUGUAGUGGGAAGGGCGUUUGUAUAUCUGAGUAAUCUGCUGUACCCGGUGCCUCUUGUCCACCGUGUAGCCAUCGUCAGUGAGAAGGGAGAGGUCAAGGGUUUCCUCCGAGUGGCCGUACAGGCAAUAUCAGCUGAUGAGGAAGCUCCUGACUACGGCUCUGGAGUGAGGCAGUCUGGCACUGCCAAAAUCUCAUUUGAGGAUCAGCAAUAUGAAAAGUUCCAGUCAGAGUCCUGCUCUGUAGGACUGUCCCGCACAGGGAUUUCUCAGGAGGAGCUUCGAAUUGUGGAGGGAGAGGGGCAGAAUGUGGAAAUGGGGCCAUCAGCUGAUGAGGUCAACAACAACACAUGUGCGGGUAUUCCUGGUACAGACGAGCAGGAGAAUCCACUGAAGGCUGGUCUGGAUGGUGCACUUGAUGGAACUCUGGAGCACCUGAGAAUCGGAAAUGUUUUUACCUUUCGAGUUACGGUCCUGCAGGCCUCCAGCAUCUCUGCAGAAUAUGCUGACAUCUUCUGUCAGUUCAAUUUUAUCCACCGCCAUGAUGAGGCUUUCUCUACUGAGCCCUUAAAAAACACAGGCCGCGGUCCUCCUCUCGGCUUCUACCAUGUGCAGAACAUUGCUGUUGAAGUCACUAAAUCCUUUGUUGACUACAUCAAGACUCAGCCAAUUGUGUUUGAGGUGUUUGGACACUAUCAAAAACAGCCUUUUCUUCCUCUUUGUAAAGACGUCAUGAGUCCACUACGCCCCUGCAGAAGACAGUUUCCCAGAGUGAUGCCUCUGUCCAAACCAGUACCUGCCACCAAGCUGACGGCCAUGACCCGUCCGCAGGCAGGACCUUGCCACUGUAAAUACGAUCUCAUGGUGUUCUUUGAGAUCUGUGAGCUGGAGGCCAAUGGAGACUACAUUCCUGCAGUGGUGGACCACAGAGGAGGAAUGCCGUGCCAUGGCACAUUCCUACUGCACCAGGGCCUUCAGAGGAGAGUCACUGUCACCAUUGUACAUGAAUCUGGAGGUGACAUGGAAUGGAAGGAAGUCCGUGAGCUUGUUGUGGGACGCCUGCGCAACACCCCUGAGGCUGAUGAGACCAUCAUUGAUCCCAAUAUUCUCUCGCUAAACAUAUUGUCUGCUGGGUAUGUCAGGCCUAUGCAAGAUGACAGGACUUUCUACCGCUUCGAGGCUGCUUGGGAUAGCUCCAUGCACAACUCUCUGCUACUAAACCGAGUCACCCCGUAUGGGGAGAAGAUCUACAUGACCCUCUCAGCCUACUUGGAGAUGGAGAACUGCACACAGCCUGCAGUCAUAACCAAAGAUAUCUGCAUGGUGUUUUACUCUCGAGACACAAAGCUCUCAGCUUCCCGUUCAAUCCGCAACCUGUUUGGUACUGGAAGCCUCAGAGCUGCAGAUGGAAAUCGUGUAACGGGAGUUUAUGAGGUUAGCUUAUGUCACCUGGCAGAUGCAGGUAGUCCAGGAAUGCAGAGGAGACGCAGGCGGGUGCUGGACACCUCUGUGGCCUACGUCCGAGGGGAGGAGAACCUGGCUGGAUGGAGACCACGUAGUGACAGCCUCAUCUUGGACCACCAGUGGGAGCUGGAGAAACUUAGCCUCCUCCAAGAUGUGGAGAAAACCAAACAUUACCUCCUGCUGAGGGAGAAACUAGAGUCCACCCUGCUUAUGGGCCAGGAGGCCCUUCAGUCCUGUGUCACUGAGGAGCUGAGUGAGUCUCCUCAGCCCGCUGAGCCCGACCAGGAGGUCAGCUCCAGCUCUGAAAUCACCACUGAGAGGCAGAGGGAGCUCGCUGCCAAGUGUUUGCGGCUCCUCACUCACUCCUUCAACAGAGAAUACAGCCAUGUGUGUGUCAGCGCCAGUGAAAGCAAGAUCUCUGAGAUGUCUGUCACAGUGCUGAGAGACUCCACUUCAAUCUCUGCUUUGAACACAAUCACACCCUCCUCCACAUGUCCGUCAUUGGUGGAGGGUUGCUAUAGCAACACUGAACUCAGACCACCAGCACCUCGCUCUCGUGCUGUCAGUCCUGGUCCUGACACACAGCAGGAUGCUGAGGCCAAGAAGUCUAAUGGAGCCUCUGAUACCAAACCUCGAACCCGCAAAUUUGUCCCCGAUAUCCAGGAGAUUAGAGUCAGCCCAAUCGUGUCAAAGAAAGGUUACAUACAUUUCUUGGAGCCACACACCAACGGAUGGGUGAAGCGCUACGUGGUUGUGCGGCGGCCGUACGUCUAUAUCUACAACACAGAGAGAGACACCGUGGAACGAGCUAUUCUCAAUCUCUCCUCUGCCCAGGUGGAGUACAGUGAGGACCAGCAGGCAAUGCUGAAGACCCCCAACACAUUUGCGGUGUGUACAGAACAUCGUGGAAUACUGCUUCAAGCAACCAAUGACAAAGAGAUGCAUGACUGGCUAUAUGCGUUUAAUCCUCUCCUUGCUGGAACUAUUAGGUCAAAGCUGUCACGAAGACGAGCCGGACAGAUGAGGAUGUGAAACAAGACUCUCAUCAAAGAAUGCAGAGACUAAGAUGUACAUAGAUCCUUGUCUUUAUCCCUUUCCUUGUGCUGAGCCCCAUCCUCACCGCCACAGUCACCAACAACCAUCUCCCCCCCCUGUACGUCCUCAGUUUAUCAUGAGUGUUCUCAGCACCUAAAGCGCCCAUUUCGUGUCAGGCCUUUGCUGUGGUGUGAGUCUUUUUUUAAAAACCCGUCACUGUACUGUACUGGGGUUUAUUCAUAGCUGGACAACUGAAGAAAACGGAGGGAGUAGCAACAGUUUCUUAUCUCAGAUUACAUGGUAAUGUACUGUAGUUGUUGUCAGUGACACAUCAAGCCUUAUACAUUUAUUCCUUAAAAAAUGCAGUGACAUGUAUCUUUACCUAAAGCUGCCAUGUCUGCGAGGAUUACAUUGCUACAUUUGCAUCAGUAAAUAGAAAAACAUGCAGAUUUUUCCUCUACUCUGCAGCUAUAUAUACAGUGUCUGAACUGGUUUUUGCAUACAACAUACAGCUAGAAAAUACACGCUAAGAUUUAAAAAAAAAAAAAGACAGUUGAGCGUCUCUCUCUUUAGAAUAUUUCUCUCUUCUCUCUGGUCCAUGAAUCCUGACAAUGAGUAAUCUGCCUCCUCUUCCUGAAACUUCUUAGAAACUUUAGCGCACACACAGCCUGGCGAGGGAAUGGCAAAUCAUCAUAAACUUCAUGUUCUUGUGGCAAUUUGGUAAAUCCAUGUCGUUUUAGCUACCUGUAGGAGCACUGAGAGUAUCUACAUUCAUAAGUAAUCAAAUACCAUUGUUACAUUAAUUCUCCCAGUUUAAUCUCAUUCUCUACCUGAAUUUCAUUUGUUUUAAAAUGUGAUAUAUUUAGAUAUUUAACAGUUUUAUUAUUUAUUUCUGCAUGUAUUUAUUUACAAAGACAUUUAUAUUUCUAAAGUAGUAGUACAGUGCAAUUUCUGCACACUGCACUUUUUAAUGAGUUCCUUAAAUGUUUGAACAAAACAACCUUGUCCCCCUCGCAGUUAACGCUAUUGAAACAAUUUAAUGACUUGAUGGUAAACAUUGGCCAGUUCCUUUGUGCUGAAGACUACUUGAAUAAUAGUAUCCCCUUUAAGAUUAGAAUAGUCGCACCUUUGACCCAACUAACAUACAUCUAAAAAAGGUUAGUACAUUGUUAGGUAGAGAACGUUAAGGUCUGUCCUUCCUCAGCUGCACAAAGCUACCUUGUGAAGUCAAACUGUUCCUCACAGUACAGAAUAUGAAGCUGGUUUUCUGAAUAAUAUGUAUAUUGAUUACAUGUAGUGCCUCUCUUUUCAGUCAUACUGUAACGUAUGCCUCUGCACCAGUUGCUUUGAAACUACAUCCUUCAUGCUGCUAUAAUAUGUGUUCUGGAAGUGUCUGCUGAUCAUAUCAUCACUUUCCUGCUUUUCAUCGUCACCACUUGCAUAUUCAGAAAAAAAGGUCUCAUUCAUGGUAAUGUUAUAUAUCUGAUAUGGUAAUCAGAUGUCAGAAAGGAUGGAAUUUCCACAACACAGAGCAUGCUUAAUGUUAAUACAAUGAAGAAUCUCCUUUAGUGGAUUAUUUGAUAUUUAACUACAAAACUAUACUCUUGUUCAUUUUUUUGUGUAAUUUCAACUAGUAUUUGAUGGAAAUUUUAAUGUGCAUUUUGUCCAAACCAACUAUGAGUCUAAAACCUGUUCAAAAUCAUCUACAGAUAGAGCUUGUGAGUUGUUGUGGGAAGUUGGAUGUAUGAGUACCCCUCAGGUCAGCCAGCCUAGAGAGCACGCUCAGUGAUAUAUCCAUACAAAGACAGCAUCUCAAGGCUUUAAACCUUCAUGAAAGACUGCAAAAAUAUCAUUUAUUUUGUUUCCAAUGACAGCAAAUUUUAGCAGGGAGUUGAAGUGUAACACCAGUUUAGUAAUUCAUACAAUACCCUACACUAUUACCAAGCAUGUUUCUUGAGAUGUUUAGGUAUUCUGUGUGUUGUGGACAUAUAUUGAAGUGAUCUAGUCAAAACUACGUGUGUACAACUGAAAUCAAACACUCACAAGUCUGUUAACAUUUUUUGUUUGUUUCGGAUCAAAAUCUUCCGUCAGACUUUCUUGGCCGAGACAUUUUACGUUUUAUCCAGCUAUAGUAUCAUCGUCAUUACUGAGGGAACACCUUGCUGUACUGUACUUUACACCGUCUCAAACACUUGUGUCUCAUCUCAUUUCAUUUAAAAUAGUCAAAAAGAUACAUGUGCUCCAGUCUGGUCUCUAUGUUGAGAUUGUUGCUCUUGUUUUCAUUGGGCCUUUUUAAUGUGCAUCACAUUCGAGCCAACCAAAUUUUUGUUGGUGCAGUCACACAGAAGCUUCACACUGAAUGUAUAUUAAUAUUUGAAAAUACUUAUUCUGCUGAAAUGGUUGUGUUGACGUGUCUUCUGGAUCCUGGUUCCUUACUGAUUGUAGGUAGUUUUACUAUCGAUGAACCAUAUAGAGGUUGUGGGACAAACCUGUAGUAAUCUGUCCACUUAUGUAUGGGAGGAUGAUGGUUUACUAUGGCCCAGUAAGGCAUUGCAUCUUGUACAGAGUAAUGCUGUAGGUUACCUUACUGUCACACUUCCACUCUUUUUUCAGUGUCUACCUUCACUGUCAUGCUCUAACAGCCGUCACGAAAUCUACUUUUUCUAAAUCCUCCCCUUUGAAGGAACAUCAUUUACAUUGUGCUUCCACGUCUAAUCUUUUUCUUUAUUUUCGCACCUUUACCUUUACUUUCUUCAAGUGAUUUUGCAUUGUAUAUAAACAUGAUUGCUGUGAACAGUGUAUUAUAAAGUUGCACCCAUUUACAAAAACUUAAAUGGGCAGUAGUUCAAGUCGGUGUCUCUGAGUGUUGGAGUUUAGCGUCAAAUGUUUGUGUACACUAAACACAUUGUCAUAUAUUAAAUAAACAUGGAAAUUAUGCAACACAAA